CAUGAGCUUCGCAGCAUUUUAAAAUAUCAUGACAAUUCUGAGGCAAAUUUGCAAAUUUUAAAGACAUGGCUGACAUGCCUACCGAUGAAGUUGGCUUCGAAUUAAGCCGUAUUCAUGGUCUUCGUGCUGAUUUACCAGACAACCUCUUAUGCACACUGUGCAAGCAUGUCCUUCGUCACCCUGUACAGACGCAGUGUUCACAACAACAGCAUUAUUUUUGUAAGUCAUGUAUCCUUCGCCGCCUACACAGCAAGAAAAGAUGUCCACAAUGUGACGAAGUUUUGACUGUUGAGGCUUUAGAACCAUAUAAACACGCCAUUGAUGUUUUGGGAGAGCUCAAAAUACGCUGUGAUAAUGAAGGUUGCGAUGAAGUUACGACGAUUGAUCAACUUGAAACACAUGUUGCAAGUUGCGGCUUUACACCAGUAAAGUGUGGUGGAUGUGAAGAGAUGGUGAAUAGAGUGGAAUUACAACAACAUGAAAAAUCUGAUUGUGUCGGACGUACAGUGGAAUGUCAGGUAUUUAAAAGCGCGUUUAUUUAAUAGCUUGGCUGGCAUGUUAUAUAAAAAAACACAGACUGGACUGGGAAAACACGGAGUCUGUGUUUUACAAAUCGUGGACCGAGUCAGUGUUUUACAGAUCGCGGACUGAGAUUUGUAAAACACAGACUCAGUCCAUGUUUUACAAAUCGUGGACUGAGAUUUGUGAAACACUGACUGACUCACUAAAUAUAUCCAGGGUUCGUACGCCCCCUGGAAGUCCUGGAAAACCCUGGAUUUUUAUUUUAGUCCUGAAAAACCCUUCAAAACCCUGGAAUUUCAAAUUUAUCCCUGGAAAACUGAGAAACUGAGCUGGGUAUAGGAUUAUACCUAUACUAUUUUUAAAACACUCUUAAAAAGAAAGAUUGAACAAAAGUUUCUUGCAUUAUAUAUAGUCGCAGCAUUUCUUGGGCAUAUGGUGUGACCUUUCGUUCAAACUGGCACAAACCCAAAAACUAUCUGUGCAAGAUGAAGUACUAGCCGUUGCGAACGUUUCAUAUCGGUUAAACACUUUUAGUUAAACAUAUUCCAAAUGCCCCUGGGAAAAGGAUGAAAAAAGUCCUGGAAAACCCUGGAUUUUUUAAAUUAUGAAGGUGUACAAACCCUGUAUAUCACGUUUGUUGAUGUAUGUAUUUCUCAAUAAAGACUUUUAUUAAUAUAUUAUCCCCGAGCUGGCAGCGUGAAGCGCCGUGUGAGGGUACUAAUUCCCCCCGGCUAUUUACACCCGGGGAAACAAAAGCAUUAGCGAAGUCUAAAGUUCAGCAAUGAUCGCGGGCGUGGCUCACUGAGCGUGGGUAGUCAUCCUCACUGAUCUCAAAAAUAUGGUGGACUGUCAUGAAUAGCGAACACUGUGAUUGGUCCAAUUUAAAGUUUGCAUUAUAACGACUGCAUGAUGACAGUGAAAUAGCAAACAUUUCUUGAUUUGAUGAUUGAUAUAAAAUUUCUUGCAAAUAUAUUUCAUUUUUGCUUGCAUUUUUGCAAGAUUUUGUAAAUUUCAAGAAAGAAAGGGCUAAAGAAUCGGCUAAAAGAAGGGAGCCGACGUUAACGAAGGUAAGUUUGUUUUAAAUAUUGAUUUUAUAAUUGCUUUAAAACCCGAUGGCCUUUGCGUAUAUGAAACAACUAAACAAGAUAGCAUAUAAUUUCAGUGUAUCUUUAAUAUUGAUUUCUUUUUUUAUUAUUAAUUAAUAUUGAAUUUUUUAAAUAAAAAAGAAAGCAAAGUUAUUUGUAUGCAAUAAUUUGAAAUCAUUUUAUUGCAAACUCAAAGUUUAUCGAUAAAGCCAUUUAAUUAAAGGCAGUUUAGUUUUAUAAAGAACAUUUUAAAGCGUUUUGCGAAGCGUUUGUGGUUGAAUUUUACCUUAAAUUGAAGCUUAUAUUACGUAUAAUAUCAUACCUAACAUAUAUAUGUUGGGAAAUUGAUAAUUUUGUAAUUAAAAGUGAUAUUUUUAGGCGAUUUUUCAUUUGUAUUAAGAAUAUAUUCUUAAAAAAUUAUCGUGUUACCUUGACAACUACUUUAGAUGCUUCAUGUUCGGAAAAUACAAUGGUUUUGUCAGCAAGGCGAGGGUUUCUGCAUUGGAUUGGAUUGGAUUGGAAAACUUUAUUUAAACAGGUUAGCCUCUUCAGCCGAAAGCUGGUAUUCAUGAGGGACCUGCAUUUAAAUUAUUUUACACAAAUGUAUGUAGUAUAAUAAGAUUUAAACAUGCAAUUCACACUAUCAAUUACGUAAAUAAUUCCAAAUUUGAGUUUUGAAACUAGAAAGUGUCGUUGCCUCUUUAACUCUAAUAGGCAAUUUAUUAUAUUGUAAAGGUCCAUUAAAUCUAAAGGUUCUCUUACCAAGUUCAAGCUUCAUCUUAGGAAGAUGUAGAUCGUUUUUCCUCCUUGUAUUGUGUUGAUGAAUCUUAUAGUUUUGAAUAAGAAGUUCGCUUAUAUUACUAGGAUAAAGGUCAUUUAGGCAUUUAUAAACAAAAAUACAAACAUGCAUUUCUCUUCUUCUUUGUAAACUUAUCCAGUUUAAUGCAUGUAUUUUCUAGUUAUUAUUACUACUCUGCGUUUUACAAUACCGUCGCUUGCAACUAAGGAUGAACGGUCGCAGAUAGAACAUUGUCUAUUCUCAUGACAAAAUUCAAUGUUUUUUACCAAGAAAGUUCAAUAUUUGUGAUGUCAGUGAUGAUCAUGAUCAUUUGAUGGUUUCAAUUCGCUCAACCAAUCAACUUGCAGCUUGUUGAACGUGAUUGGCUGAUCAGGGUAAAAACUGUCAAGUGCACUUGACAAACAUGGAAGAUUCUAAUGCGAAUAGGCAAUGUUUUUAUGAGCGACUGUUCAUCCUUAGUUGCAAGCGACGGUACAUAAAUUAAAUAAUAUAUUAAAUAAAACAUAAAUUAAAUAAAAUAGUACAUUAAAUAAAAAUCUUAGGCAGAGAAUGUUUAUUUUAAUUUUAAUUAUGUCUAAAGGCGUUUCCUCAAAGACGCCCUCUCUUCUCCCACCCGCACUAAGCAGGCUAAAAAUUACGGGAACCACUGAGUAUUUUAAUAAAAUAUAAAACAACGGUAACUCCGAAAAUAAACAUUUUAAUAUUCUAGCUUUCGACUAAGAUUCAGUCAUCAUCAGGAAUGAUGCCAGGUUACAUUAUAAUAUAUAGUGAAGAUUAAGUAAUUUGAUAUGUACAGAAACGAUUAGUUAAAUAUUACAAGUUCUUUUGAUGCCUUAGUUCCGUGAUUAAGUUCAGGUUUAAGUCGUCUAAUGCCAAUGAUCAGAUCUGUCUAUAAUCUUAGAGUUAGUAAAUAUAAGUUCUGAAAGUAUGCAAGUUUGAGUUGGGUUAGUUUCUUCGUCUGGAUACAGUUCUAAAAUGGAUUUGAUAUGUUGAAAGUGUUUGCAUGAUGUGAUGUGGUUAAAGACUUCAGAUUUGUUGUCCAGUGAGUGUUCUUUGAUUCUGGUGUAGAAGCAGCGAUCUGUUUUACCGAUGUAUCUACUUUUACAUCCAGGACAGGUGAAUUCGUACACUACCGGGCUUUGGUAUUUAGCCGGUGUUUUAUCUUUGUUUGAGAGGAACGAGGUUGGUAUAAAUUACUAUACCUUAUUGUUUUGAGUAUUAAAACAGAUGAACAGCGUUCAAUCUUAGGAACAUGCUCAGCCAUGUGGGACUUUGUGCCACUAUUGUCAAGGAAAAUCAUGCGUAUAUCAAAUUCAAAUGUGGCUGUUUCUUAAUGUACAUAGCUGUAAUCCUAUGCAGAUACCAUUUAGUGUUGCCAGUAAUCAUAACUAGACGAAACCAUUCUUGAUAUUAACUCUAUCUGAUAUUUGUUGGGAUUGUAUAUCAAAACCGCAACCGUACCAUUGUAAAAUGAAUCUAAUCAAGAAUGGUUUCAUCUAAUUAUGAUUAACACUAAAUGGUAUCUGCUAUAAGAGCUAUAUCUAUACAGGAUACAUCUAUUUAAAUAUAUGAAACGGCCACAUUUGAUAUACGCAUGAGUUUCCUCGACAAUAGUGGCACAAAGCCUCAAAUGGCUGAGCAUAUUCCUAAGAUUGAACGCUGUUCAUCUGUUUACUUAAAACAAUAAAUCAAUAAUAGUAACUUAUACCAACCUUAGCUCCAGGAUAUGAUUAUUCCUUGACUAUAUCUAUUAUGUCGCAAUACCCGCCAAAACUCUCACAACUGAACAAUACUGGACUGAGUCUGUGAACGGUCGCUCAUAAAAACAUUGCCUAUUCGUUUGUAGCCUGCUUGGCAGGCCCUCAAUUUUAUUGGGGGGGGGCUGAUUUGCAGCGGGCAGGAUUUUGGCAGGCUCCGCGGGCCCCCGGAGCCUGCCAAAAUCCUGCCCGCUGCAAAUCAGGCCCCCCAUAAAAUUGAGGGCCUGCCACGCAGGCUAAUUCGUGUGAGAUUCUUUGAUGUUUGUCAAGAGCACUUGACUGGUUUUAAUCUGGUCAGCCAUUCUCGUUCAACGAGCUCCAAGCUGAUUGGUUAAGCAAAUUGAAACCAUCAAAUGAUCAUGAUCAUCACAAACAUUGAACUUUCUCGGUAAAAACAUUGAACUUUGUCAUGAGAAAAGACAAUGUUUUAUCUGCCAUCGUUCAUCCUUAGUUGCAAGCGACGAUAUUGUAAAAUGCGGCUGAGUCAGUAUUUUACAAAUUGAGUCAUUGAUUUGUAAAACAUGGACUCAGUCUGCAUUUUCUCGGUCCAGUCCUGUCCGUGUUUUACAACAUGCUUUAAUAAAGCUCAGGGGUUUCAGAAUGAUUUGAAGUAGAAGGUUCUACCAAAAAAGUAGCCGGCUGUGACUGAUAGUUAAAAAAUCUCGCAGAGACGGUGGCGUGCCCUCGCAUGGAAAUUUAAAAAAUUUUCGCCGCAAAUUAACAAUCAAAUAAUAUAGAAUACGUAAAAAGACAAAGUACAACUGCAUGUUAACAUGUUAGAUUUAGAUGUCAUUUGCAUUUAUACUUGUAAGUGACAAUGUACUUUAGUGUGCUACUAGUAGUUUAAUUUUUACAGCUGCAUGAACAGAAUGACAAUGUACACUACAGUAAUAGUAUUAAUUUGUGAGUCCGAAAUCAUUAAUCAAAUGAUGUUAUACUUACAUGUAUGUACGUACGUAAUGAACUUCACUUCAUCACUUUUUCUUUCUUUUGCUAUGUAUGGUACUAUGUAUUAUAAUUUAUCUUAUUGAUCUUCCAAAUAAGUGAUGUUUUGCUUGAAUUCAGGGCUUGAAUUUUAUCGCGGCAAUUGCCGUAGUGGGAGAACAAAUCAUCAUUGCCGCAACGACGACAAUUUUUUGCCGUAUAGUAUAAUUUUUAAACUGUUCACUGUGCAUUACUAUUUUGAUACUUGAAUUCAGAUGUUGAUCAAAUCAUCCGUAAAUUACUCUUUUAAUCUCAGUUUUCUUCGAAAAAAAACACUAAAGAAAUACGUAAACAUGUUUCUAUAGCUUGUCAGCAACCCAAAUUAACAUUAAAAUUAAAUUUUUAUUACAGUAAUUUGAAAAAACUGCCGCGUGGAAACUCUACGGCAAUUUUUAACACCAUUGCCGUCGAUUGAUUUCAGGGAAAUUCGAGGCCUCCUUGAAUUCCAAUUGGAACAUAACAAACAUCGUGUUGGUUCGCUUGUACCUUUGUAUAUAAAAUUUUUCCUGUGACCAGACGAAAAGUAGCCGGCGGUAAAAGUUCAAGUAGCCGGCGGAACUCCGCCGUCCGCCGGCUUAUUCUGAAACCCCUGAAAGCUUAGUGCUUAGAUAAAAAAAUACAAAACAAGUGAAACUCCAAAAAUCGAUAACAUUUUUAUUUCUAAAAAUUCUUAGAUAAAAAGGCCUUUGCAUUAAUGCAUACCACCCCUCCUCCCUCAAAUAAGCCCUCUCAAUCCCUUCAAAGCUAACAUCUUCUGAGCCAUCACCCUUUACAGCAAAUAAACACAUAUUCUGAAGUUCAUCUGUCUACAAAUCGAGUUUGUUCUGCUUGAUUGAUUCUUUCAUGAAGGGGAGAGGGGUUAGGCCUAAAAAAAUACCUGUGGUUCCGGUUCCCGACCGACCCUAUUUUUUUCUGCCGACCCUAUUAUUUUUUCAACGUGACCCUAUUUUCUCCGGGUGGUUGCGGGCUGCUCAUACAGCGCGCCAAAAUGGCGUCUGUUGUCACACUAAUUAUUGAACCAAAUUGCCUAAAUUCAUCCAUAGGAAAUACGCAUUUCUAGUUUAAUAUUGAUGUCGGGACUCUACUGCAAAUGGCCCAGCAAAAAAAAAACCCCAAAACAUGAAAAAAAUAUUUAAAAAAAAAAUAUUUCCGACCUAUCGACCCUAACUUUUUCACGAUAUGAAACCGGAACCACAGGUAUUUUUUUUAGGCUGCUUAACACAUGAUCUCUGAUUAUUGAUGUGAGUGUAGUCUGUAGUGAACGACUGUGAGCAGUAUACUAAUUUUGGCAAUAGUGGUGGAUAAUGCUUAGGUAAAAAAUGUUCGAGACAUACCAUUUUUCACCAUCCCCAAAACUAAUAUACCGUCAUUUGUUAAAGAUAAUGUAAAGUCUGCUCUGCACAUACGUUCUGUGCAGGCCUACAUUCCAAUGGUCGGGACCCGACCAUUGGAAAGUUAUUAAUAUUUUGCACCUUCCGAACUUUCUUGAAUUGAAUCUCUAGUCUGUAUUCAUUUAGAAGCAUAGCAAACCAAACUGUAGUACUGAGUUCAAAAUGUAAACAAAGCGUUUGUUACGAACUUUACAGCAUCUUUAAAUUUUUCAGUCGUAUUUUCGUAAAUUUAUCAGAAUUUUUGCUAUAAGAAUAACUAGUACUUUUUAUAAUCAGAACCACUCAAAUAUUUUCGCUGACUACGAAAACAGUUUGCCGAUAAAUCCAUUAUUUUGCCGACAAGAUGUAUUCAGGUCUCAGGAGGGGUGUCACACUCAGGGGCGUAGGAGCCCCCCAAGUUUUCAAAAGUGCCCUUUUUCCGGGAGCAAAGUGCCCUUUACCUCCGUGAAAAAUGCCGUUUAGAUUGCAUUUUUUGCCCAGUGGCCUUUGAUUUAUGAUUGUAUUUGUUUUUGUAUUUCCUGAAAAAUCCUGUUAUUUUCGGGUAAAAUUAUGAUAUGUCCGGAAAAAUUUUGUUAUUUUGGGGAAAAAUAUGAUAUCUGCGGAAAAAUUUUUGGUACGUCCGGAAAAUUUUUGUUAUUUUCGGGGAAAAAUGUGAUAUGUCCGGAAUAUUUUUUGAGAUGACCUCCGGGAAAAAAUUAUUAGGUGCCCUUUUCAUUUCAAAAGUGGCCCUCGAAGCCUGCCCCCCCCCCCCCGAACUUUUAGAUGCUUCCUACGCCCCUGGUCACACUCCACCCUCUAGAGAUGGCCCUGAAUAUACGGUUUAUAAAAUACUGGUGUGGAGGUUUUAAAGGACGUGUAUUACUGGGGAAGUCUGGGGGCAUUGUUUCCUGGAAAAUGUUUGAAAUAUGAAGCCCUGGAAUGUCAUUUUCUGCAUUCUGAGUACCAUAUUUAUUUGGGCACCCUAUUUUAUGUCAACAGUCAGUCAAACAACCAGUCACAAAACACCUUACAUUUUACAUUAUCGCAAUCCAAGUCAGAAGAGACUAGGCCAAGCUUUUAUCCAUUUCAAAUGCAUUGAUCACUUUAACCUUUUGUUAACUUGUUGGUGUUCUUCUUUAUGGUAGGUAUGCGGUGAGAAGGUAAAUUACCGCAAACGAAAACUUCACUGCUAUGUGACUAAUCAAGAUAUGAGUGAUGUCAAGAAGCAAAUGUUGGAUACUAAGGAUGAAGUUUGUGCUGUGAAAGAAGCUGUUGUAAACAUGAGCAAGUUAGUUUCGUGUCAAUUGACAGCUGUUAAAGAGCACCUGAGCGGCAUGAAACAGGGCGUAACCUCAAUCAACAAAGAGUAUUUUGCCAUGCAGAAAGAAGUUGAAGGAAAUGCUUCAUAUGAGCUGAAUAUUGGUGUCCCUAUCAAGACCGAUAUUGUAAUUGCUGGUGGUUGUGACGUGUUGUCUGUCGAGAAAUUUGAUUGGCUCUUGAUGAGGUGGAUCAAUCUCAAACCUAUGAAGUUAGAUAGGUAUUUGGCAUCAGCUUUUGCCUAUAAGGGCUGGAUGUAUGUUUGCGGGGGGAGAUUGUGGGAAGGGGGCGAUACACUAGAGAGGCUCAGUUUGGUAGAUGAUGCUGCUGAAUGGGAAGGGGUCCCUGUAAAGUUACCCCAGGAGGUUUUUUCCCAUGUCAGUGUUGUCUACCAGAAUGAGGUUGUUGUAAUUGGAGGUGAGAGUGGCCUCUUUGCCAGCCGAGAUAUUGAUAAAGUCAGUUUGGUUGAGCCUUAUGAUUCCAAAUUAAUCUGCCGCAUGCCUGAGCCAAGAAUGCACCAUGGGGCUCAACUGUUUGACGACAAGGUGGUUAUUGUUGGUGGUACCCUAACUGGCUAUAAAGAAGGCAUCCUGAAUUCAGUGCUGGUCUACGACAUCACCAAAAACUGUUGUCUGUCGUUGGCACCCCUUCCAUUUCCUGUGCGCCUGAUGGCAACCGUUGCCUGGAAGGAUAACAUUAUCAUCAUUGGGGGAGAAGACAAGAAUGGCAACAUUUUAAACACAGUUGUGAGUUAUAAUGUAACUGUGAAGAAUAUCAAAAUGCUGCCUGCCAUGAAACAGAAGAGAAGAGAGUGCACAGCUGUUUUGAGUGGGAGUGUAAUUGUUGUGAUGGGAGGAUGGAAUGGUAAUGAAAUCACAAAUUCUGCAGAAUAUUUCGAUUUUGCAACAAACGUGUGGGCAGACCUUCCUGCAAUGAAGGAAAAACGGUGUGGAGCACCUGGUAUUGCCAAACCUUUCAUUACAUAGUUUAUAAGUAACACUAUCCUGCUUUAUGACUGUAAUGGUAAUGACUAAUGUAGUGGACAGAUAGAAUUAGACAUAAACUGUUUUAUUACUCUGGUAGCAACACUAUCAUGCGAUGUCAAGUGCAAUUAGACACUAUAAGAAUCUAUAAAAACCUUUUAGAUUAUUGUUUAAAACAUUUUAUUCAUUAGCGGGUGACACUGUUGUUGUGUGCAACGAGCAGGAUUCAAAUGAGCAAUAACCUGUUAAAAAUUGUUGGCAUUUUGUUUGAAAAAAAAAGUGAUGUGCAGUUUUCUAUAUUUUGACCAAACAAGUGUUGUGCAAAUUGCGUGUUGUAUAGUAAGAAUUGGUCAUGAAGUAAAACAAAAACCACUGGGAUUUUACAUAUGCUUGUCCUUUCCAAUUCGAAAUCUCUGAAGAUUUAUUGAUUUGAAUCAGAACGACUGUAUUUCACUCUUUACAACACG